GUAUGAAUGAUGUAGCACAGAAUGGAACUGACAUCAAUCAAACUGAGUCAAACUUUUGAACCAAACACUAAAUUCUUAGUGAAAUCGAGCAUGAAACAUCAGUUUCACCAUACAGUUGAAAAAUGACCAAAACUAAGAAACAUAUCACUCUCGAUUACAAAUUAUGUACCCUUAUGAAGCUGUACUAAGUGCAUUUCCUAUAUUAUACUACAUUGGAGUAUUACCGAAAGCAUGCUGUCGAUUCAUACUCUUUCUGAUUAUGGUUAGAAAAGUCUUUCGUGAUGUUCAACGGUGUCAGAUGUGUAGCAGACAAUUAUUGUUGGCUUCAUCAAUGGGCGGUAUCACUGAAGCCCUUCUAUUUCCCAUACUGUGGUUCAUGGAAUAUUUGCCAGAUCAAGCAAGAUAUAUAUUAGCCGGAUGUCUCUUUAUGAAACUGAUUGGAGACGUUUGGGCAUACCAGAAGAAGCAAAGACGUCGUUGAAUAUUUAUAUCAAAUGAUAUACAGGAAAUGAACUGUGUCAUAUUCAGGGGAUACAUAUGCAUAUUGUUUCACAUAAAAUAAAAGACAUAUAUUCACUCA